AUGUGCCAAAAGGAGGAAGUCUCCUAACAGUGUUUUUAGUUAAGUGUCCUUCUGCCUGUUCCCUCACUGAGAGAUGUGUUAGAGUCAGCCAUGGGGAGCAAACAGCAGAGAAACCUGCACCGUUUGGUCAUUGUCUCUUUUCUCCUGACCUCUUCAGUUGCUGCAAACGGUCAGAUCAGAUUGGCUGGCUCUGGGUCCAAUAACUGCUCUGGAAGAGUUGAGAUCUACCACAGCAGCACCUGGGGAACAGUGUGUGAUGAUAACUGGGAUCUAAACGAUGCUCAGGUCGUCUGCAGACAGUUGGGCUGUGGUUCAGCGCUGAAGGCCCCUCGUGAAGCCCACUAUGAUCAGGUCAGAUUGGCUGGCUCUGGGUCCAAUAACUGCUCUGGGAGAGUUGAGAUCUUCCACAACAGUACCUGGGGAACAGUGUGUGAUGAUAACUGGGAUCUAGACGAUGCUCAGGUCGUCUGCAGACAGUUAGGCUGUGGCUCAGCGCUGAGGGCCCCUCACUCAGCCCACUAUGGUGAGGGGACCGGACCAAUCUGGCUUGGUAUGGUCGGCUGUUCAGGAAGUGAAAGUUCUGUCACUGAGUGUACCCAUCCAGGAUUUGGGACUCAUAACUGUUCACACUCUGAGGACGCUGGUGUGGUCUGUUCAGUGCCGCAGCAGAAGCCCACCCUCUCUCUGAUGUCUCCAAGUGGGGGGGCGCUCAUGGGCUCUGAUGGCCCUGAGGUCAUCUGGGGUCAGAGCGUCAGCAUCACCUGUUUUGCAUCAACUUUACCUCGACAGCUGUUUUCUAACACAAAGUUCAUCUUGGAAAAGACUUCCAGUUCCUUCAGAGAGUCCAGAACUCCAGGUAGCAGCUCUGCUUCCUUCAGCAUUCAGGAAGUGAACCUGGACCAUGAGGGAUGGUACCGGUGUCAGUAUCAGAUACGAGUCUCAGGACGAAACUUCAGCUCUCCCUUCAGUGACUCCGUCAGACUCUCUGUUUCUGUGCCGCUGCAGCAGCCCAACAUCUCUGUGACGUCGCCCAGCGGGGGGUUGUUCUGGAGCCCUGAAGGUGCAGAGGUCACCAGAGGUCACAGCUUCCUCCUCACCUGCUCCAUUGCUCCUCAGUAUCCUGGAGGAUUCUUCUCCCUCCUCUUCUCUGGGUCCCGCGUUAACGUCCUCAGGCGGGCAGUGAACCACUCGGCCUCCUUCAGCUUCCCUGCAGCCGGACCUGAGCAGCAGGGAAACUACAGCUGUCUGUACGAGGUCACCCUGUCCUCCAGGACCUUCACCUCCACACAGGAAGCACCCAUCACUGUCAUCAUCACAUUUCCUGUGAUGGUGCUGGUCUCCUCAGUGUGUGGGGGGGGUCUCCUGCUGGUCCUGCUGGUGCUGGGGGGGGUCUUCUUCUUCUUCCUGAUCCGCAGGAGGAGACCCGGAGACCUCAACCAAACUCCAAUGCGUCUCGGGGCCAUGAAGUUCAACAAAGAGGACAAGCAGAACAUCUAUGUUCACUUUGAUGGUGACGAAACAGAAACACGAUAAGAAAUCAGGACGAGGAGAGGAAGAGGACAUCGAUGUCUACGAGCAGAAAGAGAGCUGUGCUCACUUCAGAAAGGGCAAAGAGGACGACGAGGAAUGCUGAUUAUUCAACAGGUUUAGAUCAAAUGGGGAAAGGUUCCAUUUACCAAUCAAAUGUCUUCUUGUUUCUCCUUCAGUGUUCUUGAGCUGGUUACAUAAAGAAAACAUACUUUUCAAUAUGUGAUGAACUAUAACUUGACAUCAUGAAAUAUUUUGAAAUCUGUUAGCUAUGCUACUAAGCUAGGCUAGUUUGCUUUAGCAUUAGUUUAUUUGGUGCCAUUAUGUUCCAAAUCUGAAUUUUCUGCAUUUCUACUCAGGUUUCUAAAUGCGUACAGAUCGGUUGGAUAGAAACGUCCCAAUAGAAAGUGAAAUCAGAGAUGGUAAUAACCGCUACGCUGCUAAGCUAGGCAAAUUAGCGGGUCAAACUCAUGCGUUAAAUUCCUAAAAUAAUGUGACCUGUAAAACCUUUAAAUCGCAAAAUGUUCAAUUUAAGUGUUUUCUGUCCUUAAUUAUAUUUCAUUAAAAAAGAUGUCUAACUUUA